AUGCGUCCCCCCGUUCAACCCCUCCGAGAAACCGCUCCAGUUAACCGUACGAGGUCUGCCACCCCCUCCCCGUCCCUGCCCACGCGCCUGACCGCCCCGGACCCGGCCCCGGCCCCGUCCACCACCGCCGAGGCCUGCCCGCUGACGCCCGCCCCCUCCCCGCCCGCGCCCGCCGCCACCGACGGCACCGCUACGACGCGCGCCGAGUUCCCGGCCUCGCCGCCCGCGCCCGCCGCCACCGACUCCCCCUCGACCACGCGCGCCGACUCCACUGCGCCCCCGCCCGCGCUCGACGCCACCAACGCAUCCCCGCAGACGCGCGCUGAGCCCCCGGCCUCCCUGCCCGCGCCCGUCGUCUCCGCUCCGGUAGCGGAGGUUUCCUGGGCAUUUCGAUUUGCCCAGAUCGGGGGCGGUAUUGAGGACUGCGGGACCUAUCUUGGGGCUUGGGAAACAUCGCUGCGAGAGCGCAGUCAGUUCUUCCUCUGGGUUUCUGGGUACGUGCCCGAGGGCGAGUUCCCUGAGAUCGUGCUGUGGAUGGCCCGGGCCUGCCGGGGCAUGAGCCAGGUCCUGGGUCAGCUGGCGAGGAUGGCUAAGGGAGCCUCCGGUCUCUGCCGCCUGGUUGGAGGUGAGAUCAAGCGCCUCGCCCAGGGUUAUGUACAGGGGACGGUGGACGGGGACAUUGAAAACCCAGAUUCUGCACCUCGAUUUAAUUGUGAUCACCUCGCUUACUCAGCUCCAGCAGGUGGUCGCCACCAACAGAGGUUCGUUGAUACGUCUGCAAAUCGAUGUGGAUCCUGCCAUGACUCCCAGCUUAGCCAAGACAUGCUUUGAGCUCCUGAACGCGGAAGGGGCGUAUGGGCAGGAGAUGAUGCAGAAUGCACAAAACAUGAUCACGAAGCUUGCAGAGCAUGAAGAGAUGUCUGCGAGGCGUCGGGCUCCACGCUCCCUCGGGACAUGAGACCAGCGCCAGAGGAUUGUUACACUGGUGCCACAACUGCCUACAAAUAGAAGUGUACAUAGUUACUGGUACUUGGCACGAAAAGUCGUGUUCAGUCCUGAGACUUCACACUCUUACUGGAGUGGUUGAUGUUUUGUUUGUUGUUUGUCAAACUAGCUGUUGCCAUUGUGGGCAUGGAUUUUGUAUCUGUGCUUUUGCACACGGAUUAUUACUCUGGUUUGCUUGUAAAGCAUUUUUGCCAAGUCUAUUUUAGAGAGAUA